AUGACGGGGAUCUCGCGCAGCGUCCCUCGAGAUCUCUUAGUGGUCGAUUACGGCGGUCCGGUCGGGAUGUCGCGUCGGGAGGGAAGCUUUCACCGCGGCACCGGGAAGAGGCGACCCCGUUCUCGCACAUGCACACAGGUCGGGUCGGAAGCUCGGCCCGACCCCUUCGACGAUCAAGUUAUUCCUCUUUUUAUCCCCAUCACUAUCUUGCUAGUGCAUUUCCAAGAGUUCCGGACCGCUGGUAUCCUGCUGAUAUCAUCUCAAGAGCAAAAUAUACAGUCCAUUUUGGAUUGGCACCAUUCCAACCUACGCCGUGGUGCAUUGAACUACUGUAUCAACAGUGCACUGGGACCUGUACGCAGUCUUCCAUUAAAUCCACAAGCAGCAAUUGAAGAUGAGAAAAUUUUAAGUGCGUCCCUUUCAAAGUUAGAGUCUGUAUGGCUUAAAGGAGAUGCAAAAUUUUUACUGGGAAACCUCCGGCCAUCUGUUGCAGAUCUCAGUCUUGCCUGUGAGAUUAUGCAACUUGAGGUUGUGGAUGAGAAAGAUCGUGAGAGAAUAUUGGGGCCUCACCCGAAGAUAUUGGAAUGGAUCGACAAUGUAAAGUGUGCUACCAGUCCUCAUUUUGAGGAAGUCCAUGAGCAUCUGCAGGAAGUCAAAGGCAAGAAUAGCAUUAUUGAAGUCAGCCUGAAAUCCAACCCGAAACCUUUAAUCCGAUAGAACAGGUGAUCUGAUGCAGCAGUUUAUGUGUAGUAGCUUGCAGUGAUUGUAAUGUAGCACUGAAAUAAUGUGCGCUGUGUGCGUGUUUAUUUUGGAUCUUUGUGGUGUAUUAAGAACAGUUCUUGAAGUUUUCCUAUGUAUCAAACCUUCUAAAUUAAUGAUUAAAACAACUAUUGUAUU